UUCUCUGCUAAAUGAAUAUGUAUUAAUUAAUAUUUCUUUUAUAUAACCUCUUUGCUGAGGAAAACAAAUGAAUCAUGGCUCGUGCGCCCCGCGUCACGGAGAGAAAGGAUACAUAUUUCUUUGAACGAUCAUGACGUAUCCUCUUCAUUACCAGCGCAUUAUUGAAUAUAACCGUCAGUUAGAACUAACAUAGGAUAACAUGCGGAUUAAUCAUGGAAUAUUAUACUUUAAACUUCACUUCCAUUUUUUUUUUCGGAAUAUGAUGAAACCAAAUGAGUGUUUUAAGGGAAAACAAUCCGUUGAUUGAAAACUUCUAUAUCAUGUUUUAUAGGUGUACAGAAUGAAAAUUUUACUGGAGGAUCUUUUGUACACAGGCUAAUUCAGAGAUUGGUACUUCAAAGAAAUACCCCCAAAGAAUUACAUAUCUUUUUAAGAAUGGACGCGCUAGUGCAACAGUAAAACAUGCUAAGUUGACGUGAUUUUUUGUUUGUUUUGUGGUCAUAAAACAUACAACAAUAGCAGCAAUGGAAUCGUCUGCGAUGUCAUGGAAACGUCUGCUGCCCCUAAUAGUGGUUGUUGCGGCCUAUCUGUGUCUGGGGGCACUUGUGUUCCAACUGCUCGAAGGAGAACCGGAAAUGCAACGCCGGAAAGACCUUAGAGACAUGAUUAGAAACUUCAUUGAUAAUCAUACUUGUUUAACUGGGGAAGAACUCAACAGUUUUAUUGACCAGAUCAGCGGUGAGACGGAAUUUACCCAAGGGACACUUCAGAAUAAGAGUGUCUCCACGCGCUGGGACUUCACGGGGGCGUUUUCAUUUGUUGUCACUGUUGCAACAACCAUUGGUUACGGUAACAUGGCACCUCACACAGAGAUUGGCAAAGUGAUAGUGAUCGCCUACGCGCUUAUUGGCAUUCCAUUGACAUUCUUGAUGUUACAGGGCCUUGGCCAACAACUAACCCUGCUGUCAAACAAGGUCAACAACCUGAAACUUUGCUCAAAGAGGCCCGACCUGAACAAGUAUCUCAACAUGGUUAUCAUCAUCCUAAUCGGCGUCUCUCUACUGUUUGUCGGCCCUACUUUUUUGUUUAUGAACGUCGAGGGAUGGCGCAUGAUGGACGCCAUAUAUUAUUGCUUUGUUACACUGUCUACAAUAGGAUUUGGCGACUUCAUUCCAGCAUUGUCAGAGAAUCGGUUUACAGGGCGUGGCGAAGCAGGGACCAUAUACCGUAUUGUAGCAUAUGUGUGGAUACUGUUUGGACUGGCCUAUGUUGCCCUGAUAAUCAGUUAUAUUUCCGGUGUUCUCGUCAAGAAAGCUGAAAAAGUUCAGCAAAUGAGUAGAGCGAAAAUAGAGAACGAAAUCAAACAACUACAGAAGGAGCUUGUCAAAACUAAGUCCAACAUAUUUACGUUAGCAAGUAAUGUUGCUGAUACAGUUACUACGGGGAUAGAAGGGGCCAGGAAAUCUUUAGAGAGUGAGCUAGAUUCAAACCACGUGAUCGUUGAAAAUCUGGAUGUACCACAAGACAGACAAACGCGCAGUGCGCAAAAUAGUCCCUUUCGACAUAAAAAGCAGGCACCGGGACCGGUAGAACUAUUGUCAUACAGACGAAAAAGUUUGUCUUGACGGUUGUCGUCGUCGGCGGCGGCAAGCACAAAACGAGCAUUAUGAUAUUUAUUGUUUACAUAUGAUCAAAAUAUCUGUUAAAACAGUUGUUAUGAGACUGUUCUUGAAAACAUACAUUGAACUCGACAUUAAAGAUAUAGGGCACCAUUUACCGAUCAUUUAACUCAAAGUGGUCAUAUGGUUGGAACAUUGCUUGUGUUUCAGUUGCGUACGAUUCACUAAUGGAAAUGUUAAUAAGAUAACAUUUAUGUUUUGAACUUCAUAUGUUAGCAGUAUCUGGUUUUCCGGCUUAAAGUUCAGGAACACUUUCAGUAAGUGUGAAAAUUGUGCAGGAAUGAAAUCAAAGUUUGGUUUAACUAAAAUAUGUAUA